AUGGCUGAGCCUAUACCUAUUCUUGUACAACAGCUUGAAACUCUUCGCGCCAUUCAUGGUCCAAUCUUUGGAAAACGUCUCAGCGUCAACAACCGACCGCUUCAACCAUUGAAUGGGCGCAGAGUCCAAUUCCGUUCAUCAUCUCUAAACCGACAAAAAAUUUGCAGUAAUGAUACAUUUGUGACAAAGCCAAGUGGGAAUGGUAGUGGCUUUGUUUCUGUGUUGAAUGGACCAUUAGCAUUUAUUUUUGCAUUUUUUACUUUUCUAGCAUUUUCAAAUAAUUAUUGUACGGUGAUUUAA